GAUUAAUAAUAAAAAAAAAAACAGGAUAAAAAGGAAAACAAAACCGUUUGCCAAAUUUAGAGAUUAAACAACGAGAGACCCAUUUGGUCUGACACCUUGUCGUAUUUCUGAUAAGAGGUUUAAUAAUAAUAUAUAAAAAGAAAGUUUGCCGAAUGAAAAAAAAAAAUUGAAAAAACGAUAAUCUGACAUCAACGAAUAAAUGUAUCCAAGACAAGACUACGAAGAAAUACCCAGAACAAGGGAAUAUCGUGAUUUCGUUGAAAGAUCCUACGACGAAUGGGCUCUUUCAAGCCCAAUGUCAACAUCUUAUUCUUUCAACAAAUACGGACACCCAUCAAGAAAUGGAGGUGACGAUUCCUCAGACGUCUCAAUAUCCGGAACAAGAAAUCCAUACCAACAUGAAGAUUCCUUUGAAGAUCGAGAAUCACGAAGGUUCGAUCCUUAUUUGGCUUCUAAGCCUUCCACCAUUUCAUCAAACCAAGAAGGAACGUUAAACCAACAUCCUUUUAUGUUAAUAACAAACUCUGACAGUAAUAAUAGAUUACUUAGUCGAAACUAUCAGUCUCAAAAGUUCAAUGAGUUUGGUGAUCACACAAUAAGGAAUGUUGAGAACAAUCAAAAGUACAAAGUCGAUCGAUCGAAUCGAAUGAAUGAAAUUCCUUAUCGAAGGGUCGAAUCAUUAUCGCAAGAGAAUAUCGAGGAUUAUCAGCCAUCGAAAAAAUUUCUAAUCGUCUAUCGUGCCGAUCAAGAACGAAACUCAUUCGAAGACGAGGAUGAUACAUCGAUCUUCGAGAAAUCUGAUUCGGCGGAUGUACUUAAAGAAUCGAGGAUUCCUCUUGAGAGUUUAGAAGAGAUCGAUGAAUCUGUUGAUUCGAAUUCGUUUUUUAGAAACAAUCCUUCGGAAGAUAAAAUUAUCGAUUCCGUGCCAAUCGUCGAUACGUUUAAGCUGUUUGAAAAAAAACAAAUCGAACAUAACAAUUAUUAUGAUUUGUUAAAAAAAUCUAAUGUCCCUAAAAUUUUGGAAUUUAUCGACAGAGAUCAGCUAUUUCCCGAUCAAAAAGAAGUCACCCCAUUUUGGCAGUUUCAUCAGGAUAAAUCAUCUGAGAGUUUAAUAUCCAAUGAAGAUUACAAAGCGAAAGAAUCUAUGAAAGGUGGUUCUUUUUUUGAUCAGCAUGACAUUACUAAUAAUGAGAAAAGAAAUUUAUUUCCCAUGGAAGCACUAAAUACGUUCAAUGUGGAAUAUGAUGCUACUAAAGGAAGUUCUUUAAAGUUUGACCCCGAUAUUUUAGAUGAUAUUGAAAAUCCUCCUAUUGAACAGACAGAACCAAUUACCAUGAACGAAUCUACGGAAAGUUCGAUGAUGACAAAAAAUUGAUGAUGAUAAUGCGACUCCUUUAUUGUCUUUUGCAUACUCGAUGCAACGAUGUAUAUAGAUAUAUAAUAGAAAGUAUCGUACUUAUAUAUUCUUUUCAAUGAAUAUACCGAAAGUUAUAU